UUGGACCAGAUUGUGCUUGCGGCGAGGUGACGCUGCUGUUGGCAUCGAAGGAACGAGGGAGGGGGAACCCGAAUGGAAGCCAUCGGCGCAGCAAAACCAAGUCAAUCGAGUUUGAAAUAACCAAAUAGAUAGAAAUAACUGAAAGUUAACUUUAAAAACUUACUUUAUUCUUGACCUUGGUGCUACGAGGUUUGCUGCACUACUCGAAGGAGAUCAAUUUGGGUUUUCUGGAAGUAGUUGCCACCUUGUUUAUAUUUUGCGAGCAAGCUUAAAGGAGGCCCAGUCGGGUGCAAGUGGAGAGAAGCGGCCGUCUCGGAUUGUGAGUGGAGUGGUUUGGCCUGUUAGAGCGCCAAAGAAUAUGAAACAGACGUCACAAUGACAUCAAGAUUUGGUAAAACCUACAGCAGGAAGGGAGGGGACGGGAGCUCCAAGUUCGACGAGGUCCUGUCCAACAAGAGGGCCACCCUCAGCACCAAAUGGGGCGAGACCACCUACAAGGCCCAGCUGGGCUCCAAGCGGCCGAGCGGCAGGCCCGAGGUGGCCGAGCUGGCCAAGAGGCCCCGGCGCGCCGAGGCGGAGGGCUCGGACGACCCCUUCGGCUUCGACAGCGACGACGACUCCAAGCCCGUCACCUCCCGCAGCGUCCCGCAGCAGCCCAAGGCCGCCGCCUCCGCCAAGCCGGCGUCCGCCGAGCCGCCCCGGUCGGAGAGGCCCGGCCCGACGUCCGAGCCCAACAGCCGGGUCGGCCAGCCGGCCGGCGCCGAGGCCGUGGCCCCCAGCAGGGCCGCCUCGGCCCCCGAUGGCGAGAGGAUCGUGCAGAGGUUCUCUGAGGAUGGCGGCGGCGGCGGCAGGGGUUUCAACAGCACCUCUGCAGGGAAGGCAUCACAAAUGCGGUCUUUCGAAGGCUCUGAAAAACACAGCUACUCCUGGUACAAGAACGCAUCGGAGAGCGACAAGAAGCCCGUUUCUCAGACCACCGCCCUGAAGACGGAGGCCAAGGACCCGUUCGACAGCUGGAGCUCCCUGACGGCCAUCCGCUCCACCUCCCCCAGCGCCGAGCUGAGAGACCCCCCACCGACGUGGACCUCGGGGUACAAAACCUCCGGCGCCAAGGACGACGCGGCCUCCGACCCGGACGGCGACUUCGCCCACAAGCCGGCGAGCGGCGAGGCGGGCCAGGGCGACGGCGAGGGCGCCCCCGUGGAGCUGGCCGAGGACGAGGACCACUCCCAGUCCCUCCUCCGGCCCUCCAACUGCCGGACGUACCACCGGCCCAACAAGGGCAAGCAGGCCCCCGACGGCGGGCCAGCGGGAGGAGGCGGGGCCGGCGGCCAGGCCCCGGCCAAGGCCAACAGCGCGUCCGAGAGCAAGCCGGGCGGGCGGGGCCGGACGAGAGACUACACGGUCCUGCACCCGUCCUGCCUGUCCGUGUGCAACGUCACCAUCCAGGACUCCAUCGAGAGGAGCAUGGACGAGUUCAUCGGCACCACCUCCGCCGACCCGGGAGAGGCCGGCCGGCUGAGGAAGAAGACGGAGACCGCCACCGCCAAACCCGCCAGGUUCAGGCCCGCGCAGAGCAAGUCCAAAAAGGAGAGCAAGCUGGAGUUCUUCGGCUUCGAGGAGAACGAGGGCCUGGAGGCGGAGGGCGACCCGGCGGCCUCGGGCAGCACCAACUACAAGAUCAAGUACUUCGGCUUCGACGACCUGAGCGAGAGCGACAGCGACGAGGACGAGGGCUCCCAGGCGGCCGAGAGCCGGAGGGCCAAGAAGAAGGCGGCGGCCCUGGCCAUGUCCCUGAGCGCCCACAGCCCCCAGCCCAGCGACUCCCAGGACAGCCAGGCCAGCGCUAACACGGAUAUUCUGGAAUUCUCCGACGACCCCUGUCUCUCAGUACCGGAAGUGCAGCAGAGGUCACAGGGAAAACAAUCGGACAAAUCCAAGGAGAGCGGGAGGAAGAUCUUCAGUGGUCCGAAAAAGUCUCCCACAAAGGCUGUUUAUAAUGCGAGACACUGGAACCGGCCAGAGCCAGAGGAGCUGCCCCCGCCGCCCCUGUCUCGCUCACAGACCGCCCCGGCCAGCUUGUCGGGGGGCAGCAAGGAGACCAACUCCCACAAAGACGACGGGGUGUUCAAGGCGCCGCCCCCGCCCCCCAAAGUCAUCAAGUCGGUCACCAUCCCGACCGAGCCCUACCAGGACAUCGUCACCGCACUGAAAUGCAGGAAAGAGCACAAGGAGCUGUACACUGUUGUCCAGCACGUUAAGCACUUCAACGACGUGGUGGAGUUCGGGGAGAACCAGGAGUUCACAGACGAUUUCGAGUAUUUAGCUACGGGCCUCAAAAGCGGCCAGCCCCUCAACACACGCUGCCUUAGUAUUAUCAGCCUGGCCACGCGGUGCGCCAUGCCCAGCUUCCGCAUGCACCUGAGGGCCAGAGGGAAGGUGGCCCAGGUCUUCAAGACCCUCAACGACGCCCCGCAGCACCCGAACCUGGCGCUCUGCACGGCCUCCCUCAUGUACAUCCUGAGCCGGGACCGGCUCAACAUGGACCUGGACCGGGCCAGCCUGGACCUGAUGAUCCGGCUGCUGGAGCUGGAGCAGGACGACACGGCCGACGACCAGCUGACCGCCAAGGAGAUGGUCAAAGUGAAGGAGAAGAUCCGCAAGCUGUGCGAGACGGUGCACAACAAGCACCUGGACCUGGAGAACAUCACGACGGGGCACCUGGCCAUGGAGACCCUGCUGUCACUCACGUCCAAGAGGGCCGGCGAUUGGUUCAAAGAGGAGCUGCGGCUGCUGGGGGGGCUGGACCACAUCGUGGAUAAAGUGAAAGAGUGCGUGGAGAACCUCAGCCAGGAGGACGACAAGGAGAACCUGGUGGCGUCGCUGUGGGGGGCCGAGCGGUGUCUACGGGUGCUGGAGAGCGUAACCGUUCACAACCCAGAGAACCAGAGCUACCUGAUCGCCUACAAGGAGUCCCAGCUCAUCAUGUCCAGUGCAAAGGGCCUGGGGCACUGCGAGGAGAUGAUCCAGCGCUACAGCCGCGAGGUGAACAGCAGCCGCUCCUCGUCCGGCGCCGCCCUGCCCCACUGCAGCUUCAGCAACGUGGGCAAGGCCGUGGAGGACUGCAUGCGGGCCAUCAUCGGGGUCCUGCUCAACCUCACCCACGACAACGAGUGGGGCAGCACAAAAACCGGCGAGCAGGACGACCUGAUCGUCACGGCGCUCAACUGCGUGCUGAGGGUCCCGCAGUACCUGCCUCAGGAGCAGAGGUUCGACAUCAGAGUGCUGGGCCUGGGCCUCCUGAUCAACCUGGUGGAGUACAGCGCUAGGAACAGGCACUGCCUGGUGGAGAUGGUCCUGGACACGACCACGCCCUUCGAGACCUCCGUCUGCCUGGCGGAGGGGGAGGAGCUGAAGCCCUGCCGGUCGCUAUCCGCCAUCGCGGCUCUCGUGCAGCUCUUCCUGCAGCGGGAGCGCGCGGCCGUUCUCGCCGAGGCCGAGACGGACGACUUCAUCAACGACACGCCCAAGCCCCAGCUGGACCAGAGCGGGGAGUGGCAGGAGACCUCCGGCGAGAUCCAGUGGGUGGCCUCCGAGAACAACACCGAGAACAACACCGAAAACGACAAGAAGAAGGACAAGAAGGAGGAGGAGGAGGAGGAGCUGGACCUGAACAAAGCUCUUCAGCACGCUGGGAAGCACAUGGAGGACAGCAUCGUGGCCUCCUACACUGCACUGUUAUUGGGCUGUCUGUGCCAGGGGAGCCCCAUGAAUGUCACUACUGUGAGGGAGAACUUGCCGAAAGGGGAUUUCUCGAUAAUGACCGAAAUGCUAAAGAAGUUCUUAAAUUUCAUGAAUCUUACAUGUGACGUAGGCACCACGGGGCAGAAGUCUAUCUCUCGGGUCAUUGACUAUCUGGAGCACUGCUAGAGAGACUCCGCCCAGCGCUGGAUCAGGCAGGGCGUCGCCGGGACCGCCUCCUCGCACCGGGACCGCAGAGAGAGACUCCGCCCCUCAGCCGGACGCCACCAUCACCACCACCACCACCACCACCACUGUCAUCGUAUUCAUCACCACCACAGUCACCGCUCAGCCGGACAGCUUAACGAGCUCCCUCUUCAUGUGAGACCGCUAACGUCGUUUCAGCGUCUCCCUCCUUCGUCCUUCAGACGAGGGCAGAUUUGUCUCGACAAACCAGGAGCUCGCUCGGGACGAGAAAGUUGGAAACGCGAACCCUAACCGUGAAAAGUAUGAAAUAACACACUGAACAAAGUGAGCCAAUUAAACCUUUUUGUUUGUUUUGUUUUUUGAUAAAUCAUUCCUUGGGUUCAUCCUGUUCUUUCAGUGGGUUACAGAUGGUGCGCUGUUCCCUCAGAGCUCCUGAUUCACCAGUGUGUACUUUGUCAUUAAGGAAAGCCGAGUUAUUAUUUUUUAAUUGUGAAUAUAUUUUGUGUGCUCUGCUGUAGAAAAUGUUCCUGUUUUAAGUUGUAAUGUAUUCAGGCAGGUCAAAACUUCUCAUUACACCCCCCCACCCCACCCCCAGCACCGCUACUGUCUGUAAGCAGGAGCAGUCCUGAACAUGUGUAUAGGUCCGGUACUGUUUAGCAUUUAACAUACAGUUUACUGCUCCCAACUGUUCAGUGUUGCCUCAAACUGUCUGUGCCCUGAGAACGACAUUAUUAAAAAAAAAACGAAAAAUGAAAAGAAAAACGAUGUAUGAGCAGUAACCCCCCCAGCCGAGAACUCCAGCACUCAUCCAGCACGGGGCCGGUGUCACGCCAUCUCCAUAGCGACGCCGGUUUUCCUUUCGCUUGUUUUGUUUUUGUUGCGUUCCGAGUCUCGCUUGUUUGGGACGGGUCGACGCCGAGCGUUGAGUAAACGAUCGGCCCGUUCGCGGCCUCGCCCGGGGGAAGCUGGGAGAGCCUGACCACCACGCUGGGAUCCCCUUGCUUGGCGUUGCGCUCCCUGCAGGAGGUCCGGUACUCGCAUUCAUUUACACACUGACGGUGCCACUCAGUCACGUUUGUGCUAACUAGCAAUACUGGCUAUUUUUUAAAACCGUUUGUAGGGAUUGCGAACCAUUACGAAGGAGGCUAUGUUAAUUCUGCGUCCAGCUGAGGCCGAUUAGGCAGCGAACAGCAUUGUGGGCUCAGGCUGUCCUGAACGGUCGCUUAAUGCAUGCUCUGCCCCUCACCAGUUGCUUGUGGUCUGCACCAGCCCCCAUCGCACACCUCUACCCCUUUUUCCUCCAUCGAAUGGUAGAUGUUCAUAACGGGGGCAGAUUUUCAGUCUAAUGGUAGUGACCAUUUUAUGUUUAAUGCGUACCAGAGGAAAUGCUGGGUGAGGAGGAUGAUCGUUCCUCUCCGUCCCUCCUAGAGGAAUUUCAUGGUAAAAAGUGUAAAAUUUGGUAAAGCUAUAACCCCUUUUCUUUUUAAAAUUUGUGCAAGAGUUUGUUUGGAUCCAUCACCAGUGUGCGUGGUAAGGGGUUUCCAGUGAUGGUCCUCAAUGUAUAUAUGCAGGCUAAUGUGGCAAUAAGUUUAUUUUCCCACAGUGCGACUUGCUUUUUAUUAAACCGAGGUGUUGAAGCUUUUUAUCCUAAUUUAACUGACAUAAAUCAGCAGGACUGGAAGAUACUUUCUAAUUUUACAAUUUUGAAAUAAAGCACUUGAAUUAAAAAAAAAAGAAAUGCAUUGUUCAUAUCCUUAUGAUUUCAUGAACAGCUUUUCUUAAAUUUUCACCCAACCACCUCAUUGUCAGUUAGUAGCCGACAUCCCCCACACACUUCCAUUCUCCCUCGCCCACUUGUGAUGGUAGAGGAACUGUUAGACAUAACUGUCUAUGAUACAGUAUUAGUGCGUUGCAUUGACCGAAAGGAAAAAUGGUGUAACCGCUCUGUUUCGCGGUGAAGAGGAGCUGAGGCCGUUUCUUUAUUUAAUGGGAGCUGCAUUCAUUACCCUCCGGUAAAUGAAUUAGUCCGUUACCGUUUGUAGUAUCUCUUCCGUCUGUACGGCCAAAGCGGUUUGCCUUACUCGCUGAAAUAUUUUGCAUCCGUGACCCUACCGGAGGUUGAAAUGAAAUAACGGUGGGCGUGUGGGGGAUUUUGCGCUGCGAUGUACAGAAGUUGUGUCGCAAAAAACGUGGAUGCUUUCUAAUUUACUCUCAUUUUGUUUAUAUUUCACACCGACGUGUUUUUCUUUUUCCCUUUUUUGUUUUUAAUGCAGUGCUGAGGCAUAGCCGUUAAUGACUUCACAAAUGUUCAGAAUUCAGGUUUCUCUUUAAACAUUCAGAAGUUCUAUGAAUACUUUGUAAGAUAGCCUCUUGUGUUCCUAGCAGUUUUCAGAUUAAUGUGAACCACACCAGGAGCAGUUUAAUAUGGUUUUCUCAUUUGUAAAUCCUACGUAAAUGUAAGGUUUACAAGGGGUUAAUUUACAAAGCUGAAAAUUAAUUAACACAAUGUAAAUACUUAUGUAAAUACUGGCUAUUGGAAAUUAGAAUGGUAGACUACUUUUCUGAAUCCAAUCCUAUUUUUAUUUUAUACAGUUUCUCAGUUGUGUUAUUUGAAGUAAAAUAAAAGGUAUAAAAGCCAACUGCAGGAAGAAAACCUUUGUACCAAUUUCAAGAAUAAUGUCUUUGGUUACCUGUAUAUAAUUUUAACUCGAAUAAAAAUUGCUACUUUCAGUACA